CUUCACUGUUCCAGUUUGAUUAAGCAAACAGAUAAGUUCACAUCUUGUCAAUUUUGCAAAUUUCAAUUAAGAAGAUUGCAAAUUUCUUUGCAAAAUGUUGUGCCUCUUGUGUAACGCAUUGUUACUAAAAUUUGUAAUUUUUCCUCUCCUUGUCGCAUUUGGGGUCAAGUUUUUGAUUAAAAAAUUAAGGGGAAAAAUCGAUCCCACCAAUGAGAUUGAUAUUUCUGGCAAGACUGUAAUUGUGACUGGAGCUUCCGAUGGAAUUGGCAAAGUCACCGCGGAAGAGUUUGCCGUUCGUGGGGCGAGAGUUAUUAUGGCGUGCAGAAAUGUGCAAAAAGGAGAAAAAUGCGUAGAAGAAAUUCGCAGCAGGACGAGCAAUGGACAACUGAUCGUGAUGCAUCUCGACCUAUCAAAAAUGUCUUCCGUCAGGAAAUUUGUGGAAGAAUUCGCCAAAAAUAACGCGGAUCACCAAGGACUUUCGAUCCUUGUGAAUAAUGCAGGACUUCGAAACCCCGUCGGUGUUCUGAACAUCACCGAAGACGGAUUCGAAGAAGUCCUCGGCGUGAAUCAUCUCGGUCAUUUUCUCCUCACGAAUUUACUCCUCCCACACCUUGAGAAAGCUGGCAGAGUCGAUGAAGCCCAGCCCAGCCGGAUUGUCACCGUUUCAUCCGGAGCACACAGGUUCGGCCAACUCAACUGGCACGAUCUCAACUUUAGAAAGACUCCUUUCGUCGAUUGGAAGUUUCCACCAAAACUUUAUGGAAAUUCUAAAUUGGCAAAUUGCCUCUUUAAUGUGGAGUUGGCCAAGAAAUUAAGACUUAAAAAGAUGAAUGUCACGUGUUACGCGCUCUGUCCCGGAGUGGUUAAUACAGACUCGGCGAAACAAUAUGUGGACGCUAAUCCGCCCCCGUUGCCGAUAAGGAUUGUUUAUCGUGGGAUUAAAUUCUUUAUGGGAAAACCUUUGAAGGAGGGGACUGAAACCACAAUGUAUUGUUCCCUCUCCAAAUAUUUGACCCAUCACAGUGGAGAAAUGUAUAGAAAUUGCGAAUUCUGGGACCCCAGCAAACGACCAAAGUUGAGUGAGGAAGAUGCAAAACUACUUUGGGAAGAGAGUGCGAAAUUGGUCAAACUAGAAUAAUUUAUCUAUGGAAGACGUGACAUAAAUAAUUUGAUGUAAUUAAACUCGUUUAGCAUUAAAAAUCCUAAAAUUCAUUAUUAACCUAAAA